UCAAUGCAGGAUCCACGCAAAAACGAUCUAAAAAAGCUGACCAACGCCAUCAGCUUCCUCCAAAAGCGCAAGGAAUCUCAUGAGCAGCAGCUCCUCUUCGAAGAGAAUCAACUGAAGAGGAUUCUGGCCGUGCAGGAUGCAGCCCACAAGAAAAUCGAGCAAAUGGCAAAGAUGCAGGACUUGCAGUGGCUACUGUCACAGGAUCGUCAUGAGCUGAACAAACUCAUGGAAACUCUAAAGACCUUCCUGGACAUGAGCCAGGAUAUGCAGGAUACAGGGUUCUACAAGGCAGCCACCAUCUACAUCGACGAGCACUGCAAUGAGUCGGAACUUAAGGCACCACAGCUACCGCAGUAACUUUCUUAUUUCUGAUCCCCCGUUGAGCCACACGCAGAAAAAAAACUUGUUAAUCUCAGUUCUAUGGCCAAAAGUUAUGAUAAUAAAAGAACAACUAAAUGGGGUCUUGCUGUC